CCUCCUCCUCCUCCUUCGCCGCCUCCCUCCCUUCCCCGCGCCGCUCCGCUAGCUCAGCUCUGCUCAGCGCAGCGCAGCUCCGCAGCCGCCUAGCCGAGGCGGGCACGCUCGCGCCGUCGCCAGCAUCAGCUCCAAGCUCCCGCUCCCCGCCGGAGCUCCGUCAGGUCUCGCUUCUGCGGGGUCCCCUUCGGGCAGCAGUCGAGUAGUGAGAGCCGGCAGCUGCGGCACAAAGUUGGGGGCCCGCGAGGAUGAGGCUGUCCUUAGCGCCCCUGAGGCUCAGCCGGGGUCCAGCGCUGCUGGCCCUGGCGUUGCCCCUGGCCGCGGCGCUGGCCUUCUCCGACGAGACCCUGGACAAAGUGCCCAAGUCGGAGGGCUACUGCAGCCGCAUACUGCGCGCCCAGGGCACGCGGCGCGAGGGCUACACAGAGUUCAGCCUCCGAGUGGAGGGCGACCCCGACUUCUACAAGCCGGGAACCAGCUACCGCGUGACACUUUCAGCUGCUACUCCCUCCUACUUUCGAGGAUUCACAUUAAUUGCCCUCAAGGAAAACAGAGAGGGUGAUAAGGAAGAAGACCAUGCAGGGACUUUCCAGAUCAUAGAUGAAGAAGAAACACAGUUUAUGAGCAACUGUCCGGUUGCUGUCACUGAAAGUACCCCCCGGAGGAGGACGCGGAUCCAGGUGUUCUGGAUAGCGCCCCCAGCAGGCACCGGCUGUGUGAUCCUUAAGGCCAGCAUCGUACAGAAACGCAUCAUUUAUUUUCAAGAUGAGGGCUCUUUGACCAAGAAACUUUGUGAACAAGAUUCCACAUUUGAUGGGGUUACUGACAAACCCAUCUUAGACUGCUGUGCCUGUGGAACUGCCAAAUACAGACUCACAUUUUAUGGGAACUGGUCCGAGAAGACCCAUCCAAAGGAUUAUCCCCGUAGGGCCAAUCACUGGUCUGCAAUCAUUGGUGGAUCCCACUCCAAGAAUUAUGUGCUGUGGGAGUAUGGAGGAUACGCAAGUGAAGGCGUCAAACAAGUUGCAGAAUUGGGCUCACCAGUGAAAAUGGAGGAAGAAAUUCGACAACAGAGUGACGAGGUCCUUACCGUCAUCAAAGCCAAAGCUCAGUGGCCAGCCUGGCAGCCUCUCAACGUGAGAGCAGCACCCUCGGCUGAAUUUUCAGUGGACAGGACACGCCACUUAAUGUCCUUCCUGACCAUGAUGGGUCCCAGCCCCGACUGGAACGUGGGCCUGUCUGCAGAGGACUUGUGCACCAAGGAAUGUGGCUGGGUCCAGAAGGUAGUGCAAGACCUGAUUCCCUGGGAUGCUGGCACCGACAGUGGGGUGACUUAUGAGUCACCCAACAAGCCCACAAUCCCCCAGGAGAAAAUCCGGCCCCUGACCAGUCUGGACCAUCCUCAGAGUCCUUUUUAUGACCCAGAGGGUGGGUCUAUCACUCAAGUAGCCAGAGUUGUCAUCGAGAGAAUUGCCCGGAAGGGGGAACAAUGCAAUAUUGUUCCAGACAACGUGGACGAUAUUGUAGCAGACCUGGCUCCAGAAGAGAAAGACGAAGAUGACACCCCUGAAACCUGCAUCUACUCCAACUGGUCCCCGUGGUCCGCCUGCAGUUCCUCCACCUGUGACAAAGGCAAGAGGAUGCGGCAGCGCAUGCUGAAGGCACAGCUGGAUCUCAGUGUCCCCUGCCCUGACACCCAGGACUUCCAGCCCUGCAUGGGCCCAGGCUGCAGCGACGAAGAUGGCUCCACCUGCACCAUGUCGGAGUGGAUCACCUGGUCGCCCUGCAGCAUCUCCUGCGGUAUGGGCAUGCGAUCCCGGGAGCGGUACGUGAAGCAAUUCCCAGAGGAUGGCUCUGUUUGCACGCUGCCCACCGAGGAGACAGAGAAGUGCACAGUCAACGAGGACUGCUCUCCUAGCAGCUGCCUGAUGACCGAGUGGGGCGAGUGGGACGAAUGCAGCGCCACCUGCGGGAUGGGCAUGAAGAAGCGGCAUCGCAUGGUCAAGAUGAGCCCAGCUGACGGCUCCAUGUGCAAGGCCGAGACGACCCAGGCAGAGAAGUGCAUGAUGCCCGAGUGCCACACCAUCCCGUGUCUGCUGUCCCCAUGGUCCGAGUGGAGCGACUGCAGUGUGACCUGUGGGAAGGGCAUGCGGACCCGCCAGCGGAUGCUCAAGUCUCUGGCUGAACUUGGGGACUGCAAUGAGGAGCUGGAGCAGGUGGAAAAGUGCAUGCUGCCUGAAUGCCCCAUUGACUGUGAGCUCACGGAGUGGUCCCAGUGGUCGGAAUGUAACAAGUCGUGUGGGAAAGGUCACAUGAUUCGGACCCGGAUGAUAGAAAUGGAGCCUCAGUUUGGAGGCGCACCCUGCCCAGAGACCGUGCAGCGGAAGAAGUGCCGCGUCCGGAAAUGCCUCCGGAAUCAGUCCAUCCAGAAGCUGCGCUGGAGGGAGGCCCGAGAGAGCCGGAGGAGUGAGCAGCUGCGGGAGGAGUCGGAUGGGGAGCAGUUCCCAGGCUGCAGGAUGCGCCCCUGGACAGCCUGGUCAGAAUGCACCAAACUGUGCGGAGGCGGGAUUCAGGAACGCUACAUGACUGUGAAGAAGAGGUUCAAGAGCUCCCAGUUUACGAGCUGCAAAGACAAGAAGGAGAUCAGAGCAUGCAAUGUUCACCCUUGUUAGCAAGGGUGUAAGUUUCCCAGGGCUGCACUCUAGAUUCCAGAGUCACCAAUGGCUGGAUUGUUUGCUUGUUUGUUUAUGGCAAUUUAACUUGUGUACACUAGAUUUCAUUUCUGCAGUGUGGUUUGCCCAGUAGUCUCAUGGAUGCCAGGGACACCCUUUCUGUAUACUUUUGGCACGGGCUCAAUGGGGCUCCCUCAUCCUUAGCUGGCCCUCCUCCAGCACCUACCGUCAGCCAGCCCACGCUAGGCAGAAACGUGUCCCUCCGAUGCAUCCGCCUGGGCAGCAGGGCAGACCCUGGCCUCCUCAGAUGGAGAGGUGACUUGUCUGGAACUGACACUGUGCCUCAGUCCCAGGGUGCAGCAGGGGGGGCCAUUCCCAACCAGAUGACAGAGGAGAUUCCCCUUGCGCUUGUUUUUGGCCUGUUCUUUCUGGCCAGAAACUACUGUUUGCCCAUCCUUUUCAUUUAGUGGAACUUUAGGUCCCUUGUUGAGUCUCUUUAGUCAUCAGUAGUUCUUGGGGGAAACAGAAACAGUAGUCAUGAAAAGGCACACGGAUGUUUGUGGCUUUUCUUUCACUGAAAAAAUCUGAAUUGCUCUCAUAUUGCUCUCACAUCCCAAUACUGGUUCCUGAUACCAAAAGAAAUGAUGGCUGCUUUAUUUGAUUAUAAUGUUGGCUCAUACACUUGAGGCAAAGGAUAACUAUGACUAGAAAGUACUGUUUCACUUUUUUGGGUGGGGAGGAGAGGGAGCAAUUCUCCUUAAGAAGCCACGCCUAUGAACUUUCUAUUACUAGAUCCUUACCAAGGUGGCAAACUGGCCUCUCCAGCAGCCCCAAACCUGAGUUUUAAAAAAUCUAUGGACACGUGUUAUCUUGACUUUAAAACUUUCAAGCUAAUAUAUACCAACGAAACAUUAUUUUAUUAACAUAAACAUAUGUAGACAUCUGCCCCAAACCCACCAACCAGUCCUCUAACAAAAAUACUAUCUCUGUACUUUAGUUUUGUCUUCCAAGUCACAGAUUUUUAUUUGGAGAAAGAAAAAGCACUUCAGAGACCAAGGAAGACAGAAGUCUAGGAAGAAAGGAAUGUUACAGAAUCAAGCUGGGCAAGAAAGUCAGAAGUAUUCCAUUCCCCAUGCCAAGGCUCUGGUCCCCAACACACCCAUAAAAAGGCCUUGGUUGUCUCUCCUGAGCACUCACAGGCACCCAGAAUUCCAGGAGACUGACUACCAUGGAUUACUGAAAAAGGCUGUUACUGGGUUGAGUCCAUCAGCAGUUUUCACUCAUUCAUUAUUAAGUUUUUUAAAGUUUCCUUUACUAUGCUUAAUCCAAGUAUGUAUCAUGGAUGAGAUACGUGCACAGUGCUUUGAGUACUCUUCAAGAAUCUGCAUUAAACACAUCAGGGUAUUUACACACACACAGACACACACACACACACACUAUAGCCCUGAAUCUGUAUUAUUUUCUGUAACUGUUCUAUUUUCUGUAACUAGGUCUGUUUUUCUGUUUCUAAACUAAGCGUUUAGCAGGUCGGGCAUUUUUUACCAUCAUUACCCACUCAAUCAUACUCAGAAGAAGGCAUGGUUCUUUUCCCUCUUGUUCUGGAGGGGCCGUUGUUAUCACAUCCCUGAACUUUCUCAAGCUUUGAGUUGUCUCCAAAAUUAUUUUUUAAUUCUUACAUGAACUGUUUAUUCCUCCUCACAAAGGAGCCUAAUAAAAAUAAAUAAAAGGUUUAACUUUUUUUUUUGGAUGAAAAACAAGUCUUGAUACAAGAUCUGCCCAAUUUGUCAAGUCCUCUUAAUUAUCUGGACAUGUGUUUACUCUCAAGCCAUCAAAAUCAAAGUUCCUGAAGGUGAUGAUUCCCCAGUAACUCUAAGGAUGUCACGCCAGUGUCUCAUGCUCCUAUUGGAUCCCUAUUAAGAAUAUUUUAAAUCCCACUUUUGGAGAUUUAAAACCAGGCAGCUGAUUAAAAGCUGAGAAUAAGUAACAUGAUUCUUGUUACAUGUGUUUUUGUUUGUUUGUUUGUUUAUUUGCAAAGGGGAGUUCAUGAGACAUAUCAGAUCUCUUUCUUACCAAAGUCUUGUGUUAGGUGGUUUAUAGUUUUUCUGGUUAACCAAUCCUUUUGGAAAUAAAGACUUUUUACUACAAAAAUUAAAUUUGUUUGGACUUCCACUUGAGAUGGUAGUAAAUAGAUCAUCAAAUAUCCAAUAAAAAUUGCCAUAUCAAUUACAAAGCAGUUAUGAUUGUUGUCUAUUUUUAUCAAUGUCAAACCAGUUAUAAUCCAAUUUAUGUCCACAUUUUAAGAUGACCAGGAGUUCAGAGCUGUAUUCCCUACCAUCAGAUGUCAGGUCACUUACCACUCACCCUGCCAGGGCAUUAUUUGAAGGAUAUCUCUUGUAGCAAGUAAAAAUCAAGCCCAGAUUUCUU